GAAGAGGUGGAGAAGUCACAAUCGGACACUCGAAGUUUUCCAUAACUCUUUCCUGUUCGUCAUGUUUCUUAAGCAGACAUUUCAGACAGAGCGUUAUUUUUAGUCUUCCGAGUGUAGUUAGAUUUGGCUGAUUGUCGCUGAAUCUGUAGUCUGGGAGCAUAAUUCUGUUGACUGCCGUGUGUGCUUUUCGUCUACCCUGAAGCACCUCCUUCUUCUCCAGCCUGUAGUGUUGGAACAAUAUUGUCGAUGACACAUUUUUCAGGAUUUGCUCUCCGUUUAAGGCGGCAAACUCAUACCAUCCAGCUUCAUCAGAUCUGACCUUAUUCUGCCUAGAAUCAGGCAAACCUGUUUAUGUGGCUUGUUUAUGAACAAGAUUUGGCAAGAGAUACCUUGUCAUGACUUUGCUCUGUAAUCUAUUUUGGAAAAUGCAAAGUGAUUCAUAGAAUUUUCCAAAUGAUCCAAUUCUUGACUGAAAUGUUCUCCUGAGUUAAAGUUCCCAUCUUGACAAAGCUUUUCCUGAGAAUUACUCACCAGACAACACACAAUGGCUUCCAAUAUAAUCGUGGAGCAGCAGUUUUCUCACAAAUUCACAGUGACGGUGGUUCGAGCUGAGAACGUCACCAAAGGGGCGCUGGGUGACCUGUUGGACACCCCAGAUCCAUAUGUGGAGCUGUUCAUACCAACGGCCCCAGAGAGCAGAAAGAGGACCAAGCACAUAGACAAUGACAUCAACCCAAAAUGGAACGAGACCUUUAAAUUUAUAUUAGACCCCAACCUGCAGAACGUCCUGAAGUUAACAUUAAUGGACGCCAACUAUGUUAUGGAUGAGACGCUUGGGACUGCGACCUUUGAGAUCACCAAGCUCACCGUAGGCCAAACAACGAUGGAGCCUUUCCUCAUCGGCAAAGUAACCAAAGUUUACUUAGAGAUGACACUGGAGAUCUGUACCAAUCUGGACCUGCGGUUCAGCCUGGCCCUGUGUGACAAAGAGAAGCAGUUCAGACAGACCCGCAGAGAGAGAGUGAUGCUGGGCAUCAAGAAGCUGCUAGACAUGGAGAAGCCUUGUUUCCUCCCCAGCGCUCCAGAGGAGGUGCCAGUGAUAGCCAUAGCGGGCUCAGGAGGCGGUUUCCGUGCAAUGGUUGGCUUCUCAGGUGUGAUGAAAGCCCUGUUUGAGUCUGGGGUCCUAGAUUGUGCAACAUAUGUCGCCGGACUCUCCGGAUCCACAUGGUACAUGUCCAGUCUCUACUCUCAUCCAGAGUUUCCAGACAAGGGCCCAAAGGAAAUCAAUGCAGAGCUGAAGAAGAGAGUUAGCAGUAAUCCACUGAAGCUGUUGAUGCCUCAACACAUCACCAACUAUAUCCAGGCCCUCUGGACCAAAAAGGCUUCAGGGCAGCCUGUUACCUUUACUGAUAUCUUCGGUAUGCUCAUAGGAGAGACCCUUGUACCUGCGAGGAUGGACAUCAAACUGAGCGAUAUCCAGGACAAAAUAAACCAUGCCCAGAGUCCUCUUCCUCUCUUCACAUGUCUGCAUGUCAAGCCAGAUGUUUCAGAGCUCAUGUUUGCAGACUGGGUGGAGUUCAGCCCGUAUGAAAUUGGGAUGGCAAAGUAUGGCACCUUCAUGACCCCCGACUUGUUUGGAAGCAAGUUCUUCUUGGGAACCGUUGUCAAGAAAUACGAGGAGAACCCUAUUCAUUUUCUGAUGGGUGUGUGGGGCAGUGCCUUCUCCAUUCUGUUCAACAGAGUCCUGGGAGUCAAAGACACAGUUGGUGGCAGCACCAUGGAGGAGGAGUUAGAAAACAUCAAACCACAGCACAUUGUUGGAGAAGACAGCCUGGACAAUGAAGACGAGCCACGUAAAGGUGGAACAGAGAACCAGAACGCAGAAGAGGAGUACAGUCGUAGUGCUCAGGCUAGCUGGGUUCAACGAAUGUUCACGUCGCUCUUCAGUGACUCAUCCUUAUUCAACACAAGAGAGGGCCGGGCUGGGAAGGUGCAUAAUUUCAUGCUGGGCCUGAACCUGAACACCAGCUUCCCGUUCUCUCCGGGCGCUGAGAUCAUGGGCCACGCCACCACACCUGAAGACGAGGUGGACGCCGUGACAGACCCAGAUGAGUUCAAUCGUAUCUACGAGCCUCUGGAUGUGAAGAGCAAGAAGAUUCAUGUUGUGGACAGCGGCCUGACCUACAACCUUCCCUACCCUCUCAUUCUGCGGCCGCAGCGCGGUGUCAACCUCAUCAUCUCCUUUGACUUUUCUGCACGACCCAGCGACUCCAGCCCCCCAUUCAAGGAGCUCCUUUUGGCAGAAAAGUGGGCUCGAAUGAACAAGCUUCAAUUCCCCAAGAUAGACCCCAAAGUCUUUGACCGUGAGGGCCUGAAGGAAUGCUACGUCUUCAAACCAGAAAAAGGCCAAAAGAACUGCCCGACUAUCAUCCACUUUGUCCUGGUCAACAUCAACUUCAGGACAUUCAAGGCACCUGGUGUUCCCAGAGUGACCGAGGUGGAGAAGGAAUUUGCUGAUUUUGACAUCUUUGACGAUCCCGAGUCACCAUUCUCCACUUUUAACUUCCAGUACUCUAACGAGGCCUUCACCCGACUCCAUGACCUCAUGGAGUUCAACACUCUCAACAACCUGGAGGUGAUAAAAGAAGCCAUCAAGGAUUGCAUCGUGUCCCGUAAGGAGAAUCCCUCAUGCAUGUCCCACCCGUUCUCCCUCAGUGCGAUCCCGAACAAGAGAUCUCUCAAAAGAGAUUCUCGGGCAAAACCCUGGAACCUUUUGGGAAAUGACAACUAGUAGCCUGAUCUAAGACUUUGGAUAUAGCAAAUUUUUCAGUUUUAAAGAAAAGCGUUUUCUUUUUGGAAAAUGUUAUCAUGAUGAUCUCUUUUCUGUACACGUUGAAUCAUAUUUUUAAUUUUGUAAAGAACCAUAGCGUUUACUGAUUAAAGCCUUAUGAUUGCAUUCAUAUACAACAACACAGUGAGAAUUUUCAUCUGGCUUUAUUUGCACAAAUGUGAGAAUCAACACUUACUCAACACUGCAGUGUGACUGGAUUGUUACAGCUAACAUCUGGCUCCAUCUGAACAACAGGAGAUUGUUCGUGGAUCCUUUGUUUCUUUUUUUUUUGUUAAUAUUUUCUGAAAAAACCUUAACUAUGCUAUCUCUUAGUUAUCCAUAAGUGAAAGAAAUGUCCACUUCAGGUCUAUGUGUUCAUUCACUUCACUUAAAUGCAUAAUGUGAAUUUUCAACUCCAGUUGCAACAUUCCCAGUUCAUAUGGAUGCCUCUUGGUUUUCAUGCUGCCGAGAGCAAAGCUGCAUUUGCAUCUAUACUAUGACUCAGCCAUGUCUAAAUUUAGCUUGGAGCUGUGUGAAUGCACUGUAAGAAGCCUCAUCUGUACCUGUAACUGUUUGUUAGUUGAACUCUUUCCAUAUUGACUACAGAUCAUGCAAAUCCCUGUUUUGUUUUUUUCACUGGAUGGCGUCUAAACAUGCAAUACCUUUUGAAAACAUGGAAGAGGAGCUCGUAACCAUUGGUUUUGUUUGAUGGCAACUCCUUAACACGCUAAGUGCACCCCCUCUGGAUACCUCAAACAUCUCAAUGAUGCUUACCCACCUACAGGGAAGGGGCACUCCCUGCUUCCCUCUAGGGAGUGUCUCAUAUUAAAGCCACCAUUUUGUAAAAACAUGACUUGAUGCCAUAGAAACGGCCCCGCUUAUUCUCUCCCCCUCACUUUCUUUAUCUAGGUGUGUUUAUUUUCCUUAUCAUGUUGUCUCAGGCUGCGUUUUUGACACGAGCACAGUUUUGUUUUUGUGGGCCAUUUCCUCAUCCAUCAAACACAACUCGCCGCAGGACACCUCUAACACCCCCUGUAUGGUAAAGUGGAGCUCAGGUCAGGCUGGGCGGAGGUGGUGAGUGCGAUCACAAGACAUGCUCGCAGCUGAGAACGGUGGCUCUCGCCGGCACCCAGUGGAAUUUUACACACUACACCUACACCUGCAGCAGUGGAGGCCGGGAAUCUGACACACUACACCUAUACCUGCAGGGGCCCAAAGGCUACACACAGAGCAGUGGAAUUUUACACUGAAGCACUUCCAACCCAUGUAUGCUCAUGUUUCAGCCCUUCUGGUUUGGAAGAAACUGUUCUGCAGUCUCGCUGAUGGAGUUCAUGACCCCAAAAAACAUUUGUAAAGUGCCUUUAUCCUGAUCAUUUUUUUCCAUUUGUGUCCAUUUUUGCAUUGAUUGUUUUCUGCAGUCAACAGCAUUGUAUUAUGUUUCCUUUCAAGAAAUAGUUUGGGGAUUACAGCUAUUAACUUUCGUUUAAGUCAUGACGUCACGUCUGAUCUUGCCUCUGCUCUACAAGUUUCUCAAGCCCUAAUUGCUAGUGGUGAUGCCAGAGUUUGUUUGAGAGACCCAUACAGAACAUAGUUGUCGUGAAACUAAAAACAAAAAGAAGAACAAAGGGGGAAGGCAGCAUAUAUGGCCUAAGUCACUCAUCACAGUGAAGUGAUUGCACCUGAGGAAGGAGGGGUCCCUUUCCUUUGCUCUCUGCUCUGCUUCAGGUGUUAUCAUGUAAUCUGAUGGUACAUCUUGUUCCCUUGUAUUCAGUCUUUAAGCAAAAUGUACCAACUGCUGGCCGUAGCCAAAUAUGAAAGUAGUACUUAUCUUUACAUCAAUUAAGCACAUUCCUGUUUAAAUACUACUUUUAACUAAACUGAAGUUUUACUCAUAGCAACAAAACAAGCAUUAAUCUUUUGAAGGGUGGAGGUGUGGUCCUUUUGAAACCACACACAAUAUUUAGUAAUUUUAUAAUUUUUCCUAAUAUGUUUUUGUCAUAAUACAUUUUAUGAUUUUUGACAAUGUUUACAAAUGUUUAAGAUGCUAAACGGUCAGUCCUGUGAUAAUUUACUGGCAAAGCACGACAUACAUAAUGUUUAUGUGCAUCGUUUAAAAA